AUGAGGGCAGAAAGCAGCCAACGAGCGGCGCCGUCCGGCGACGCGUGGCUCUGGACCGGCAUGUUCGGCCCGAAUCACACGCCUCCGCAACGCGGUCACGCGCAGGUUGUCUUCAACACGUUCAACUCGCGAGUGGACUUUGCCAUACGCAGACCGCGCAAUAUGCCCCCGCCACCACUCUCAGACCGCGUCAACUCGCAACUGGACAGAAUACAAGCCAUGCUACGCCAGGGGGCGCAAGCACAGAAAGCAGACCAAGACGCAGUCAAGGAUUGGAGCGCAGAAGAGGAGCGCAGGCGACAACAAAUGGAGGCCCAGUGGCAGGAUUUAUCGGACCGAUUAGACGCUCUUUACGCGAAGGUCAAUGCGGACGCAGCAGAGGGCACCAAACUGGACAAGUACACCACGAAGGACAUCCUUACCGUGAUGAAGGAACAGCACAAAGGCGCAAUGGACGAGCUCAUGGAGUGGGCUAGAGCAUUACAAGACGUUCAUCAGAAAUUCAAGGACGAAUUGAUGAGCAUUCUUUCGGUUGCGAGCACGCCCCAGACAUCGAACGCCAGCUUACAUUCCAAUAAUUCGUAGAUAUGCGGUUUAUAUGUGAUUAUCUGUUCCAGAAUCUCGGCGACUGCCCGAACGAUGCAAUGUCAGAAAAGAGAUAUGCACAAUUGUUUUCUCGCGGAUGCUACGAGCCCGACGUCGUCGAUGCGCGACUGCUUGUAACAGCGCGCUCUCUCCCGACGGUUUCAGAUAUCGACAUCUUCGGCCGCAGGGAGCG